ACACUAUAUCACCACCCGUUAUUCUAAGCUUCAAAAGAGUUUUACACACACCCACACAUAGGGGGCAAUGGCGGACGGAAACGUUAACCUGUCGACCAUCAAGAGGUCAGGCUCCGAUGACCAAUUUGCCUCCUCCGCGGCCAAGAAGCACCAAAUCAACAAGGCGCCUCCCCACGUGGAGGAUCCCGCGGCGGCUCUAGCCAAUAUCCGCCACGAGUUCGGAGAGCAUGGAGGCGUCAACAUGUCAAUUGAGGCCUCCGCCACCUUCACCGUAAUGGAGCCCGACACCCUACGGCGGAUGUUCGCCGGGGAACUCGGCCCCGACAGAGAUUUCUUCAUUUACAGCCGACACUUCAACCCCACCGUGCUCAACCUGGGCCGGCUCAUGGCCGCCCUGGAGGGAACGGAGGCCGCCUACUGCACGGCCUCCGGCAUGUCCGCCAUCUCCUCCGUCCUCCUCCAGCUAUGCUCAGCCGGCGACCACGUGGUCGCCGCGCGGACCCUCUACGGCGGAACCCACGCGCUGCUGACGCAUUUCCUCCCCAGGGCUUGCAACAUAACGGCGUCAUUCGUGGACAUCAGGGACCACGAGAUGGUGAAGAGGGAAAUCGUGGAGGGGAGGACGAAGGUGCUGUACUUCGAGUCGAUGUCGAAUCCGACGCUGACGGUGGCGAACGUGCCGGAGCUGUGCAGGAUAGCGCACGAGAAGGGGGUGAAGGUGGUGGUUGACAACACUUUUGCGCCGAUGGUGGUGUCGCCGGCAAGGCUGGGGGCGGACGUCGUGAUCCACAGCAUUUCCAAGUACAUCAGCGGUGGGGCCGACAUCAUCGCAGGUGCUGUUUGUGGGCCGGCCAGCCUCCUGAACUCAAUGAUGGAUCUUCAUCAAGGGGCUCUCAUGCUGCUCGGCCCCACGAUGAACCCGAAGGUGGCAUUUGAACUAUCAGAGAGGCUGCCACACUUGGGCCUGAGGAUGAAAGAGCAUUGCCACCGAGCCUUGACCUUCGCUACGAGGAUGAAGGAACUCGGGCUGAAAGUUGUCUAUCCGGGCCUGGAAGAUCAUCCGGAUCAUGAAGUUCUCAAGUCCAUAGCAAAUAAGGACUACGGUCACGGUGGAAUUAUUUGCGUGGACAUGGAGACUGAGGAGCGGGCCAACCGGUUGAUGAAUCUUUUGCAGAACUGCACUCAGUUCGGGCUCAUGGCCGUUAGCUUGGGCUAUUAUGAGACGUUGAUGUCGUGCUCUGGUAGUAGCACGAGCAGCGAAAUGAAUGAUGAAGAGAAAGAGUUGGCGGGCAUCUCUCCGGGGCUGGUGAGGAUGUCGAUUGGUUAUAAUGGUACUUUGGAGCAGAAAUGGGGCCAAUUUGAGAAUGCACUAAGUAAAAUGCAGGAGCAUAAGCUGUAAGGUGAAUUCUUUACGUCCUGCUUGGGUCCUGGAAUGGUAGGUAACAUUAUUGUUGGUGUGGUGGUUGAUGUGUAGAAGAAAAACAUUUGAUCUGUUUUCACCUAAAUGGCACCAUAAUGUCUUGAUGUAUGAUGAAUUGAUGUAAGAAUCGCCAUGAAUUCUAUUUAGCUGUCUAUCCAUAUAUUUAAAUGGAAAAAUGUGGAUUAAAGGGAAGAAUUUGAGGAAUGA